AUGCCACCACAUCUACAUCCUCGUUCGCGGUCAACAAUGGGCCUGUUCGCAGGUACCCUCCUCGCAUCUCUUGUGGUGGUUGGCUUGCCGCAUGUCUUCCCCUGUCCGGCCCCGAGACGCACGUUCGCCGAUUCUGAGAUGAUUAUCUCCGCCGAUGGGCAACAAAUACCACGAGUCCGGAGGAGACGUCGCAAGGAUGUCGAACCCGCCCAAGAAGGCACCUACCCGACCCAUCCGGCGUCAAUCGGUGCUGCGGAUGACGAGGUCUCAACCUUCUUUCAAAUGGAAAAAGAAGCGCAAGAGCUCUCUCAUGUCAAUCACGAAUGUCCCAUUCCCAAACCCAAGGGCGUUCUCGGGGAAUUGCUCGGGUUUCGAAACGUUCAAGCGAACACCCACCAGGCAAGCAGCCUGCACAACAGUGAUCAAUGA